CACCGCUGCAAAGGACACAAUGCUUCUCCACGGUGAGGACCCUUCGGUGUGUCGGAGCUGAACACAGAUGCGGGGAGCUUCUCCGGAGGACACAGAUGUCCGACAAAGCGUGGAGAGAGUGUCCGAGAUAAGAGGAAGUCCCCGGCGGACCAUGGUGCUGAGGGAGCUGCUGCUGGGACUGCUGUGGUUCCACUCGGCUCUGCUCUGUGCAGCAGGCUGCAGUGAGCGAGUGGAGGUCCACACAGAGCGUAGGGGUGUGAUCUACAGCCCCUCCUGGCCUUUAAACUACCCGCCUGGAACCAACUGCAGCUGGCAUAUCCAGGGAGGUCAAGGAGAGGUCAUCACCAUCAGCUUCCGGAACUUUGAUGUGGCGGAGUCAGGAAGUUGUUUGGGAGACUGGCUCCUGCUGACUCCUUCGAGGAACGGGGAAUCCAGGCUGUGUGGCUCCAUGCUGCCUCCGCCCUUCAUCUCUACCAGGGGGCGCGUUUGGCUCUAUUUCCACUCUCAGGCCAACGGUACUGGGCAAGCACAAGGGUUUCGCCUCUCCUACAUCAGAGGUCACCUGGGCCAGAGCAGCUGUCAGUCAGAUGAAUUCCUGUGUGGGAAUGGAAAGUGUCUUCCUCGCUCCUGGAAGUGCAACGGUCAGGAUGAAUGCGGCGAUGCCACAGACGAACGCAGCUGCUCCCCCCCUCCCACUGAAGCCCGGCCUGGCCUCUGCCCCUUUGGCUCCCUCCCGUGCACUGAGGCUCAGUCCACCCGCUGUCUACCUGCUGCCCUGCGCUGCAACGGAGCCCGUGACUGUCCUGAUGGCACAGAUGAGCUGAAUUGCCCUGACACCACCUGUGGCAAACAUCUAGGGAACUUCUAUGGGUCCUUUGCUUCCCCAGAUUUUUUCCGGGCUAACAGGAGCGCCGCCAUAGAGCUGAGGUGUUCGUGGUCACUGGAUACUCAGGACCCCAAGCCCAUCGUGCUGCAGCUGGACCUGCAGCUGGGACCUGGAGACUCGCUGCAUGUCUACGAUGGCCUGCUGCAGCGUGCAGAGCACCUCUUACAGGUGUUGUCAUAUCAUAACAACCGGCGCCCUGCGCUGUUGGAGUCAAGUCGGGGACAGAUGAGUGUUUUGUACAUGGCUCAGCCUCACAGCCCUGGACAUGGCUUCAACGCCACAUACCAGGUCAAAGGUUACUGCUUUCCCGGCGAGCAUCCCUGUGGCAGCGAUCAGGGCUGCUACUCUGAACGCCAGCAUUGCGACGGCUACUGGCACUGUCCAUCUGGUCGUGACGAGGAGGCCUGCCCGACGUGUCCAGUGGGUGAGUUUCCCUGCGAGGGUGGCACUGGAGUGUGCUACCCAGCCUCUGAGCGCUGCAACAACCAGAAGAGGUGCCCGGAUGGGUCGGAUGAGAAAAACUGUUAUGACUGCCAACCUGGAAACUUCCACUGUGGGACGAACCUGUGCAUUUUUGAGACGUGGCGGUGUGAUGGCCAGGAGGACUGUUUAGAUGGGAGUGAUGAGAGGGACUGCCUGGCAGCGGUGCCCAGGAAAGUGAUCACGGCCGCCCUGAUCGGCAGUCUGGUCUGCAGUCUCCUGCUAGUUAUUGCCCUUGGCUGUGCCCUCAAACUCCACUCCCUCAGAAGCAGAGAGUACAGAGCUUUUGAAACUCAGAUGACUCGCAUGGAGGCGGAGUUUGUCCAGAGAGAGGCACCCCCUUCGUAUGGUCAGUUAAUCGCCCAGGGGCUCAUCCCUCCAGUGGAGGAUUUCCCAGUGUACAACCCCACCCAGGCCUCCGUGUUACAGAACCUGCGGCUGGCGAUGCGCAGACAGAUCAGACGUCACUCGACUCGGCGCUCCUCCUCUUCCUCCUCUCGUCGACGUCUGGGACAUCUGUGGAGUCGCCUGUUCCUCAGUGGAGGGCGAACUAGAGGUCAUGCCCCCCUGCUUGACUCCCCUGGACCCACACAAAUCACACUUGGGCUCCACAACUACCGAACUGUGGGUGUGCAAGGGCCUCAGGCAAGGGCCAGGUCUGGAGCUGGGCUCGGUGAUGAGGCUGAUGUAGUGCCGGGCUCUUGCUGCUCAGCCAACAUGGACUCACAGUCCUGCACACCAGAGAGCCCUGCAUCGCCUCUCUCUUCACAGUCAGUGGACAGUCCAGAGGAGGAGGAACUGUCACCUGUCAGCAGGGACAGCAGCAGGGCCCCACAGUCCGAGCCCUCCACCCCUGUUCAGAGUGAGUCCUCAGCCCAUAGCGGAGCCCCUCUCACUCCCCAGGAAGACUCUGUACCCCCGUGCCACCCCAGGGCAUCUAGGAAACUAGUUCUGGAGCUCGCUGUCAACCUAAAGGGUGUUUCCUUGAGACGUUACUCCCCCUUGGGGCCCUUGUCCCCUAUCUCACCUCCUGUGUUCUCCAGCAGCUCCCAGACACCCACAACCCACCCUCACUCCCAGGGGCUCGAGGUGACCACGCCCUCUGAGUCCUCGUCCUCCUCUGUGAAAGCAGAGGACUGCAACAGCCACUUUACUGUGGACGUGCCAAGCAGGGAAAUAAGAAGCAGGGAUGAGAGGAGGAGAGAGGGCAAGAGCAAGCUCUGCAGGUUCAGCAGGACCCUCAGUGAUGAGGGAGGAGAUUCAGGGAGGGAGACAACGCCAUGCUGAAGAGCAUUUUAGGAAAAUACUCUCCGUCCCCUCACUCUGUUGAGACCUGGCGUCAGCAAUAUCCGCUCUGCUAAAGUGUCCUUGAAUGUGUCCCAACCAGAUUCAGAGGUGUGAGAGAAGUAAUAUAAUUCGCUCAUGUCCACUCAACACUUUGAGUGCAUAAAAAUUUGCAUAUGCACCAAAUUAUGCACAUGCAGUGUUUUGCUAAGAUGAAUAAAACCAGCGUUGGUUGUGCUUAUGGUCUGUGUUGUACAGUAAAUCUCUUUGUCAAACAGGAGCUUGAUGUUGACUCCCACAGUUAAAUGCAAACAAAUGCCCCUUUUUAACCUGUUUGGACACAAACUCAUCAUGAGCCUGUUCCAGAAAAUCAAACUCAAUUCUGGCCACCAGUACCAAUACAAUAUUGGCAUCAUGUCCUUACGCCAAAGCAGCCUUUGUGUCGUUAACCCAGAGCCAUUAUGCACCGCUAUAUACUGUGAACAAUGAAAGCCUGUUUAGUGAUCCAAUAUAAAUUUACCUGAUUAAUGAUCCUAUAAUCUGACUUAUUCCUAUUUUACUGUAGGAGGUGGUGUUUUUAUUAUUGUAUGAGACUUCUAUAAAGUCAGUUGGCUGUCGCAUUGAAGGAUAACAAUAGGGAUAUUUUAUGUUUUUGUUUUUAACAAAUCAAAUGAAAAGGCCAAAACAAAUGCAUACAGACUUCACCAGUCUGUGUGUAUACUUUAACUUUUAAAAAAAACAAAAUAAUUUCCUAAAAUGACAUGGAGUUUUCAUGAAACGUUAUUCAAACAGGAGUAAGUGCAAGUAGUGCAAUUGUUGGCAAUUGCUGUUUUCAGCUGCGGAUUAAUACACACGUGGCGCUCUAGUGAGUAUUUGCGGCAGUAGGACGAUGUGUGUGUGUGUGUGUGUGUGUGUGUGUGAUGGGUGUGGUCAUGAUAAUGAGGCUACUGAUGUGGUUUUUUUUAAAUAGUUUUGAGACAACACUGAAGCUCUACAACACAGAGGUAUAAACUAUAUCAGGCUACACAAACAAUACUUGUCAGCAGAACUGAUACAUUGUUGGUUUUGGCCUUUUUCAUGGGAUUUGCUAUCAGUACGAAAACAUAAAACAUCACCAGACCUUCUUUUUAAACACAAAUUUGAUGCACAAAAGUUUGACAUUUUGGGAAAUACAAUAAAUUUUAGCUUUCUGGUAGAGAGUUAGGGCCCUCACACCAAGCCAAAGGUCGGCUGUUGAUCAAUGUCGGGACAUCGGUGAGCAUCUGUCGCCCUACUUUUUGUGGUGUGUCUCUCACUGUUGGCCCUCGUCGGCCCUAGUCAGCCUUUUUUGGACAAUUCAGCAUGUUGAAUCAGCAUUGGAGAUGGCGGAGCCCAUUGAUGAAUGAGAUCACUCUGAUUGGUUGUUCAGCUCAGCACAUGAGAAGAGAAAUAAAAGUGAGGAAAGCAAACAACUAAGGUCAAGAUGGCGAGAUAUUAGGCAAAAUAUUUUUUUUAGCCAUCAGGCUAAACGGCUAAGCAGAAAUGGUUCAUUGUUUGUGUCACUGUUCCCUAAGGCACAGUAAUAUGCUUUGGUUAUUUUUUUAACAUCGGGUUGUGUUGUUAAUGUGCUAACUGGCUAACUAGCAUCUUGAAAUAGUCCUGUCAGUCCUCCGAUUUCCCUUUUUGAAUGACAAAUACAGACUAACGCUUCCUGCUUGUGUGAUGAGUUAUUUCCUUUCACACAAACGUAGAACGUCAUGCUGGUUGGCCAUCGGCUGUAGUUUUUGCAGCUUAUUCAAGUGCAAAUUUUUGGACAAGAUUCAGACAACUUGAGGCAAUGCAAAAGUUGGCUUCAGUCACCGCCAGUUCUUUGAUGUCGGUUUGGUGUGUCUGGGCCUUUAGAUGAGGAGAUCAAUGCCACUCUCAGAACCGUCCAUAAAAUAUAAGGCUCUGCCCACCAAUCAGUUAGCUUAGCCUAGCUUAGCACAAAGACUGAUAAGGUAAAGCAGCCUGACUUUGUCUAAAGGUAGUGAGUGAGCAGGUUCUGUACCUUCAGGUAGAGCCAGGCUAGCAUUUUCCAGUUGUUUUCAAUCUUUGUGCUAAGCUAUGCUAAUUGGUCGCUGGCUGCAGCCUUGCCUAUAGGAAUAUGUGAUAUGAGAGUGGUUAAAAUCUUGUCAUCUAACUCUUAGGUAAAGGCAAAUAAGCAUAUCGCCCCAAAAAUGUCGAACUGUUCCUUUAACAGUGCAGCAUCACUCAAUCAUUCAAUCAUGCUAAACCUCUGUCAGUAUUUAUUCAACAUAUACUGUACGUUUCCAGCGCUAUUUCUCUUUAGUGAUACUUCAGUGACCCCUUUUAAACAUGAAGAACUUUUUCUUUAUGUUUCAUAAGUUGUAUGAAAUUAGUUUUUCAAUUAAGCAUUUUUCUCUUGACAUAUCAUCAGAUUCAAAAAGCCAAACUUGGAUGUAAAGUGAGGCAGUGCGUCCAAGUAUAAUGCCCAUAACUCUGCUCAGCUCCUCGUCCUCCUCAAAUCAAACCCAAACUGUCCUCUAAAGGAAGCCUUUCCUCACCUGAAUGAACUUGACAUGUGUCUGUGUCUGCUCUGAUUUCCAUUCAGUGCAGUGAAGAUUUUAUGUGAAUGUCCAGGAAGUGUCCGGAAGAGAGGUUUCACUUCAGAAUAUCGACUGCUUGUUGAGUCCUGUUCAUCGCAGUUGUACCUCUGCAGUACUGCUGACUGCACACUGGUCACUGCAGGCGCCUGGACUGCUGGUUUGUUCCAUUGGAAAUUCAUAUCUAUGCUGUGGAAUUUUUACGACAGGAUGUUAAAUCAAAGGCCUCUAUUUUUCAGUCUUCAGCGGAGACCUGUACGAGUCCUACUUUAUAUUUCUCUCUCUGCCUUGACAAACACUGAACUUGAUUGAACUUGAUUGCCUGGUGUUUUUUGUAAAGCUUGUCUCUCUGAGGUGACCCUGGUGACCCUUUACUAAUAACUGUUGGACCUCUGAAGAAUGUAUCACUUUCAUUUUUCUUGAAAUCAAUGGAUUUCUCCCUCUUUUACUGCAGGACAUUAAUACUGAACAGAAAGAGAAAUGAGCAGAAGCCAGAUGCUGGUUGAUUUGUUAGGUUUCUGUACUUAAUGCAUCGUCUUUACUGCUGUUUUUCCUUCUUAUAGAAGUUUUCUCAUGAACGGCUGCUACAUGUUAUGUGCCAUUAGAGAUGUCUCCACAAGUAAUUCCUGCCUAAUGAUUUGCUCUGAUUCCACUUCACAUCAGUUUACUCAUUCCAAGCUUUAUAUAUUUUGUGCUUUUUCCCCCAUGUACCUUGUUAUUUAAGUUCAAAGCCUGUCCGUCCUUAAAUGAUUUACGUUUAUUAGUUUAGAAAGAAAAAUCACAUAUCUGCAGAAUGUAUUUCCUUACCUGCUUUGUGAUGUACAGAGGUGUGUUAAACUGCCUUAAUGGUUUUCCUUGCUGUUGUAAAUAUCACGGACAGUUUCACAGCCCACAGUUGUGGUUUACAUGUUCGAAGAGAUAGGAUGUGUUUGUGUGUCUGGACACAGCUUUAUGACAUGACAUGUGAUUGAUACAACCGACUGCUCUGGAGUUAAAAUGCACUACUGCAUCAGGAAUCUCUGGGAUUAUUAUGGCAGGGGAGUUAAGGAAAAAGUAACUAUAUAAAUUCAGUGUAUUUACCUGUUUAUUUAAAUCUGUGAAAGUCUUGGUGAAGUUCAUUGCUUUGAUAUUUUGCAGACUGCACUGACACAUUGACUGCUAAUGUGGUUAAGGUGAUGUUUUAUUAUCUGUCAGCUAAGAUCAAGUGUUUCUGUUCUGGGUUUUACUGCUUUGGCAGAAGCCAUGUCAAGAUCUUCUUAACUGUUUUGUCAGUUUUUCUCCUUUGCAUUUAUUCACUUUAUCAAACCCUUUCCAAUAUGCUGAGUAAUAACUGGACUUUUCAAAGGGUUAACACACAGGUAAAUACACUGGAUCCAUGCCACUGGAAAGUAAAGUGCUACUGAACCAGGUUUUCUAAGAAUGGCUUACCCUCUCCUUGCUGUUUGAUUUUAAAGCUUCUUCCCUGUCAAAGGCUGACGUCAGCGUUAACUGUUUGUAUGAAAGCACUUCUCUUAUUUUGAGAACUAUAUUUGUAUAUUUUGUGCUGAAAGAGAAAUGCCACCAUGACGUUGUGGGGUUUGCUGAUCAAAACCCUGUACAGCCUUCUGCUGGUUAUUAGUCAUUGUUUUCCUGUGCCUGCAAUUAAUAAACU